AUGUCAGAAUUACAGAAAUUAAAAUCAAGUGGUUUGGUUUCAAAGUUUCUUCAAGGAAAUUCAGACCGAAGUCGUCAUGAUCAAAAGAUAAAACAAGUGGCUUUGACUGUAGAUUUACAAAAUGGGCUGGUGGAAGAGGAAUUGGAAGAUAUAGAAGUAACAGAACCAAAACCUCGAGAGAAAGAUGUAGCCCCACAAUUUAUCAUUAAACCCCGACGCCAACUUGUCGAUGAAGAAAGUUAUGAUGCAUUUUCAGAAAAAGCCAAACCAGUAAAAGUUGCCCAACCGAUAUUAGUUAAACCACUAGAAGAUCAGACAGUUACAGCUGGAGACAGAGAUGUUAAAUUAACUUGCUCUGCCUCAG